UGAACUGGGGAAAUGAAGGUCAGGAUUGUAAGCUAUCCAGUAUCUAUUCAUGGAUGAAGCUAACAAGCAGUUCUGUUUAGCAAUAAGAAGUGAGCCUGACUGCAACAAUGAUAUCUGCACCAGGGAACCCAGGAGGGGAGGGAGGUCAGACUCUCUGCAAGAGGUUUCCAUCAGCUGCAAUAUUUUUAAAUGCAGAGAUUACACUGUUGUGAAGUAGGAUCUGAUAAAAACUGCUUAACUUUAAGUGGUGCUUCAUAGAUCCUUAACCAAUCUUCCCUCUCCUCUUGAGGUAGCUGAGUGGGCAAGAAUUUUGGAUUAUGCUGCACAUUCUUAAUAAUGGCAUGUAACAUUGUAAUGGAAUAUGUAUGUCACAUUUCCACCCCAAGUAAACUCUUCAACUUAAAUCUUUAGGUUAUUUCAGUUUUUAUCAUUAUUUAGUUUUUUAUAUUCUUUGUUUUCAAUAGCAGCAUUCGUGGACUUAAAUAUUGUCAUUGUGAUCUUUGUUAUUCAGAAACCUGUUUUUGAUUCCUUCUUUUAAAGCUUCACAGAAGUUCAAAAAAGGCUCCAACGUAAGAAAGAAACGUAAAGCGCCAUGUUCAAGUUAUGGUAAUCAAGGCAAGUUAAUGAAGGCAAAGCGAAAAUUAAGUCAGUGUGGAUCAGAACCAGCCCUUGAACAAGCUUCAGUCAAUUUAAGGAUUGAUGUGUUUGCCACGAAACCUACAGAACACAACACACAGGAUAGAACUCCUGUUUCAACAACAGAAUCAGUAGGAUCUAAUGAUGGUGAGCAUAACGAGACAUCUGCAGUACCCGUGCCAUCAGAAUAUACAUGUAUGCAAACAGAAAAUGAAGCUCGCCAAGCAUCUACGGAAGAAGUAUUGCGUUUGAUUGCUUACAGGUACCUGGACGCUACACCACCGAGCAAUAAGGAUGAGUUCAAUAGCUUUUUGGCAUACAUGAAAGAAAUGCGACUCGUUAUUACUGGUGUUAGUAUUGGAAGUUUGCUGAUAACAGUGAAGUGUGAUUCACUCCAGAUCCUGGAGAGUUUGUGGGAAGAUUAUUUGUCUGGUCGUCUUGGUGAAGUGGUUCAAAGAUGUUUUGUUACAGAAGAGAUCUUGACAGAAUUGAGCCUUGAAGAGUUGCAGCUUAAAACAACAAUCUCAGAAGAGGAGUAUAAAGCAUGCAAAAUGUUCCUUGGGGAAGAUUCAGCCAAAGAAGCAGAUGAAACAGAUGAUGAUGAUUCAGCAUCAGAUGAUGAAGGUACAUGACAUGAAAAAAUUGUUUUUUUUCCAGCAAGGGGGAAAAUAGGCAUCCAAUGUGUGCUUGUACCUAUUGCGAGAUGCCUUUAUAAAUAAAUAUUUCUGCAGCUGGAAUUUCUUUUUAAGUCAACACUACCUUGACAUAGGGCUUGCUUUAUACUCCGACAGUACAUUAGUGUUUUAUGUUGUAAUAUUUAUAUCAUAUGAUAUUUACAUGGAUCCAAAAAUAUUUGCUUUAGAUGCUAGUGCCUUCAAAAUUCACAACCACCCUCAACUAAUAUGGAGCCCCACCUAAAAUAAGCCGAGGAAGUUAAGCCUUGGAGUAAAACUUAUCCAAGAAUAAGAGGGCACUGUAAAGAUUGGUUCAUCAGCUUUAGGACCUUAAUGUCCAGUUGAGGGUUCUUUAGGGUUAUUCCUUUCCAUUUUGAGCUCCAAAGAAGUUUCCUUUGGUUGCAGAAUUGGAGAAUUAAAACACUUUGAAACUUUAAUGGGAACAUCGUCUGAAAAGCAGUUUAUCCAGAAUUCAGGGACCCUCCUAUGUUGACAUUGACUUAUUGAUUGUUAGUCACGUGAUCACAUGAUUUAACUUUACUCGCAUCGUAUCUUGUUGCAUUGAUAGAUUGAACUCUGGAAUUCUAGUUUAAACUACCCAGUGAGCAGAGUCUCCUUCGAUCUUCCUAGACAAAUCGGGAAGAGAAAGGAGACUCUGUGAGCAGCUCCAAGAUUCUUUGAUCCGCCGCUUAUCUGAGAAAAUGGAUGAGUCAGUCCAGUUUCCUUUUGGUCAAACCGGUUUCUCACUGAUGCGCAUGAUCACUUGCGAGAAUUGCUGAAUAUUUCCGCGCCCAUUUUACGUGAGCAUGGUGACUGCUUCGCUUUCGUGCAAAGUCUUCGUAAAAGCCGUGAAAUCCGCGUUCCAAAAAGUUAACAUUGGUAACAUUUCAAGCCUCGCAAACACAAACAAGAUCUCUGUUCAGUUUUGUGUGGCAAUGAUACGUUCGUCUCCCUUCUGCUCGG